GUUAAGGGACAAGGUAGGCUGGAGUCGCCAGACAUUCUCUCUCUAUACCUCUGUCGCUCUUCCCUUUCUCUCUGGUGGAAGCCUUAAUCUGAAAUCGUUCACUAAGUCGGAAUUUCUCCGGUGAACUACCAUGGACGCUUACCGGCUACCGGAGAAAACUCCGACACCGGAAGGGCCUGGGCCUCAGCAGCGACACCGGCAACUCCAUCACUCUUCAACGAAGGCUGAUCAUGUUCAUCAUAAUGAUGAUAAUCAUGCUACUCGUCCUCCGUUCCCACGGGCUUCGGAUGCCCUUCCGCUUCCUCUCUAUCUUACUAAUGGCAUCUUCUUCACUCUCUUCUUCUCAGUUGCUUACUUCCUCCUCCACCGCUGGCGUGACAAGAUCCGUACUUCUACCCCUCUCCAUGUCGUAACCCUCUCUGAAAUUGCCGCCAUUGUCUCCCUCAUCGCUUCCUUUAUUUACCUCCUUGGUUUCUUUGGUAUUGAUUUCGUCCAAUCCUUCACUUCUCGUGCUUCUCAUGACGCCUGGGACGUCGAUGAAGACAAUGAGCAGUUCCUUAUCGAAGAAAACACCCGCCGUGGCCCUUGCGCUGCUUCCCUAGAUUGCUCCAUCCCUCCUCCUUUGCAGAUCAUCGAUCCCUCACUCAUUGUCACUCCGAUGCCGGAGGAAGAUGAGGAGGUCAUCAAAUCGGUGGUUGACGGAACCGUUCCCUCUUACUCGCUUGAAUCGAGGCUUGGCGAUUGCAAGCGUGCCGCGAAGGUACGCCGUGAAGCGCUGCAGAGGAUGACGGGAAGAUCACUCGCUGGCUUGCCAUUGGAGGGAUUUGAUUACGCUUCCAUUUUGGGUCAAUGCUGUGAGAUGCCGGUUGGGUAUAUCCAGAUUCCUGUGGGAAUCGCUGGCCCAUUGUUGCUCGAUGGAAGGGAGUAUACGGUGCCCAUGGCCACCACUGAGGGUUGUUUGGUGGCCAGUACCAACAGGGGCUGUAAGGCCAUUUACGCAUGUGGUGGUGCCUCGAGCGCGUUACUCAGAGAUGGGAUGACUAGGGCUCCGGUUGUGAGGUUUGGCUCCGCCAAGAGAGCUGCAGAGUUGAAGUUCUACCUGGAGAACCCUGUCAAUUUCGACGAGUUGGCGGUCGUUUUCAACAAAUCUAGCAGAUUUGCAAGGCUUCAAAGCAUCCAGUGUGCGAUGGCUGGGAAGAACCUGUAUAUGAGAUUUACCUGCAGUACUGGCGAUGCUAUGGGAAUGAACAUGGUGUCCAAGGGCGUCCAGAAUGUCCUUGACUAUCUUCAGAAUGAUUUCCCCGACAUGGAUGUCAUGGGAAUCUCUGGAAAUUUCUGUUCGGACAAGAAGCCAGCUGCAGUGAACUGGAUUGAAGGGCGUGGUAAAUCUGUAGUCUGUGAGGCAAUUAUAACGGAAGAGGUGGUGAGGAAGGUUCUCAAGACCAGUGUAUCUGCCCUUGUAGAGCUUAACAUGCUCAAGAACCUUGCUGGCUCGGCAAUUGCUGGUGCUCUUGGUGGCUUCAAUGCACAUGCCAGCAACAUAGUCACUGCUAUCUACAUAGCCACUGGCCAAGAUCCAGCCCAGAAUGUAGAGAGUUCUCACUGCAUCACAAUGAUGGAACCCGUGAACAAUGGAAAGGACCUUCACAUCUCUGUGACCAUGCCUUCUAUUGAGGUGGGUACAGUUGGUGGUGGGACCCAACUUGCAUCUCAAGCAGCUUGUCUGAACCUAUUAGGCGUGAAGGGUGCAAACAAUGAGUCAGCUGGAUCAAAUGCAAGGCUGUUGGCCACCAUUGUAGCUGGCUCCGUCCUCGCUGGGGAAUUGUCCCUCAUGUCUGCCCUUGCAGCUGGGCAGCUUGUUCAGAGCCACAUGAAGUAUAACAGAUCAAUCAAAGAUGUCUCCAAAGCUGCCUCUUAUGACAGGUAGGAAAGAAAGUGCGCUUGAAGAGUACCAGAACCCCAUGAUGAAAUCAUAUGGCCAAAGAAAGAAAGAAAGAUGAAAAUUUUAAUAAGAUUGAGAGAAUUUUUAUAAGGGGGAGGGAGGUGUCCUUGUAAAUGGAAAAAACGCUUGUGAUAGAAAAGGGUAGUAAGAUGAAGCUAGUUUGUAUCCUUAGAAUCAUUUGUGUCUUAAAAAACUCAAAACCAUGUGAAUUUGCUCUCUUGGAUGACUGGGGAGAGGCCAGAAUUAUGUGUAUAGUGGAGGAGAGAAAGUAGGGGCAGAAUGGAAAGCUAACAAAAUCGGGCUGGCAAGAAGCUUUGGUUGGUUGGUUGUAUUUUGUCAAGGCCCCUGCGACUUUGUCAGUAUCCUGAAGAAGGCCUACACUCGCCAGAGCUUUAGUUUUUCAUUGGUGUCUAUGUACUCAAAAUGGUUAAAUGUCUCUCUCUCUCUCUGCUUCUGUUCUCUUGUGUUAUACUGUUAUAUUUGUUUUUAGCUUUGUAUGUAGGGGCCUCAAGAUGUUAUAUGUAGGUUUCUGGAAUUGAUGUUCUGCAGAGCUUCAUGGGUUGUUUUUUCAAA